AUGGAUCUGCUCGGACGUGUGUGGGACACGUUGAAAAUGUACGUCUCAGUCGAGCGUAGCGUUAAGCUGCCUGCAGCCUUACAGGACUGGAAGGUCUCGCUCGAUGCCGCUGGUCUUGUGGCGCUGGCAGAUCUAACGACUGUGCAACAACGCACUGCUUUGACAGGCACGUCUUCUUUUCUGGACGCUCUAGUCCUUAGCCCGGGGCUACAUCGACAACAUCACGCCCCUGAGCUCAACGGCGGCGAAUACCCAGCAUGUGCGGCCAUGACAACGGGCUACAUCUUUCGUGUAGAGAACCAGGCGACAGUGGCAUAUUUGCAGAAGGUCGGAAGCACUGCCCAUCUGACAACAUUGUCUGUCGAGAAUGUGAAAGAUCAUAUGACCGGAUCACAGAAAGUGCUAUCCUGCUUCUACGACUUCCGAGGCGGCACUUCGACGGCCACUCUGGCCUACAUGAUUGCAGUAGCCUUGACUGUCGCUGUACUCGUGCGAGAGAUUCUGGCACAGGACUGGUGGACCGUCGCCGUGAUACUGCUCCUUGUAGCUGCUCGGGCCAUUAACACGUUCGUACUACGCAGAAGGGCUGUCCCUGGCUGGUACGGUGCACCAGAGCCUGGUGUGAAAAGCGAUCUGCUUGUUUUGUUGAGCCAGGACCGAUGGAUCCGCAUUCAAGGCGCCACAGACGAUGUGAAGGCUGUCACCGCGGGUCAAUGGCUUGGCGAGCCCACGUUCAUUGAAAGCUCUUUGGUUGCGUUGGCUACCCUGUUGGUAUAUCUCGAUGCUGCCCUAGCAGGAAACGCAGGUCAAGAAGGCAAGCUUUUGCUGCUCGUGCUUCUAUUUAGCUCCGUCGCACUCCUUGGUCUCGCGAACCAUUUCACUGAUACCUUCACCAUGCACGGGCGGCUGGUCAAAGUCAAGGGGGAACCCAAACUUUACGACCGCCGCCUGACAUUGACGAAGGAACUCGUCAAGGAGUUUGGCAGAACGGACUGCUUUGUCGGCAUGGGUAUGACCACUCCGGAGAAAGCUGACGAGAUCAAGGAAUCGUACGAUAAGCCUGUCGUGAUGUGA